AUGGCGAUGUUGACCAUUCUUCUGCUUCUCAGCGCUGCCAUUGCACUGAGCGAAGCCUUAACUCUGGAUGAAGCAAAUGCUAUGGUGGCAUCUGCAGCAGAUAAAAAAAUCCCAUGCCCCACAGGCUGGUUCCAGUUUAAUUCACGCUGCUUCAUGUUUGUCCAGACUGCAAGGACAUGGCCUGAAGCAGAGCGCCACUGUAUGUUCCUUGGAGCAAACCUGGCGUCUGUGCACAGCUCUGUGGAGUCCCAAUUUCUACAGGCGGUGGUGUUGAUCAAGACUGGCGAUUUCCCUCUGACCUGGAUUGGAGGAUAUGAUGCUGUUGAGGCAAAUGUGGAAAAGGACAGGCUAUGGUUCUGGAGUGACGGAUCUAAAUUUGAUCACCAGAACUGGGCGAAAGACGAGCCCAAUAACUAUCACGGUGCCAGAGAGCCAUGUGUUCAGAUGAACUUUGGAGGUAAACAUGCCUGGAAUGAUGAUUUAUGUGGAAGGAGAUAUCCCUCUGUGUGCUCCAUAAGGACCUGUUCAAUCCAUCAAACUAUCAACUGAAACCAAGCAUUCUACUGCGUAGUGUCAGCAACCUAACUGAACAAUGUUUAUGGUAAAAUCAAAUACUUUAUGAAGAUUAUUUGUUGCUGUGAAAUGAAAGUUUAGUUACUUGUUGCAGACAAUGUUGAUGUGGUUUGUUGUCAAUAAAACAGGUGUACACAU